AGCCAAAGCGCACCAGAGCAGCUCCACUCCGCGCGCACUGGAUUUCUGUCCGUCUGGAUUUAAUAAACUCCAGUCACCUUUAUGUCGCCUUUAUGGCACCAAACAGUGGCAGCGUCAUGUGGAAAACCCACUGAAUAGAGGACUUCCUCUGUACAAGACCAUACAGUGAAAAGGACAUCUGAACAUCUCAACGAACAUGGAUUAUGGCAAUGAUGUGGACUUGUCUAACAACAACAUUACCCCUUUGUGGAGGAGGCGGUCAGAUAACUGCAGAAGUCCCCAAAUCUCACGAAACGCUAAACCACGACCGGUCAGCUAUCACAUCAAUGGGGUCAUGACGACGGAUUUCCCUGUGGAGGACAAGUGCUCUUUUACCCUGAGCCAACCUGAUGAAAGGAUACUGGUGACGCCCACUCCCAACACAGCAGUGCUCAAGCAUGUGCUCAACAAACCUACCAAAAAGAACCGUGUUGUUCGUAGCAUCAGCAUUGGGCACUUUUCCAACGGACGCUUCUCACUUCCGAAAUUUAGGUCUGAGGACAAUAGAUCUGCAUCCCUGGACAAUAGGAUUUGUAAUGGGGGAUCUGACAAAGGGAAAUAUAAUAAUGGUAUGACAGUGUGGCCUGAAAAGAAGUGGCUAUCCGGACAACUCAGUCUGAACUCACAGAAAGAGGCAUUAAGGACAUCUGACAUUCACUCUUCUCUCUCUCCCCCACAAACUCCAAAUGGUAACAGCUAUGAAGAACUGUCAUCUUCAUCAUCAAACUGCUCUCCACUUUGUCGGACCCCCACCCCGUCCCACAGCUCCACAUCCAGCAUCCCAUCUCUGUCCUCCCUCAACUCCUCGGACCCCCCAACCCCACGCUCGUCCUCGCCGGAUAGGACACAAAGCAAAUGCUCUGUCUCUGAAUCACGUCAUUCCUCAUCUUCCUCUACUUCUCCGUCCAUCUCUCCUUCGCCACACAUUGUCCUCAGCACUAACAGUCCGGCCGCUCGGAAAAUGGGCACCCAGCAGAUUAUUCCCAAAGGUUUGGCGUGUGAAGUGCGGCAGAGCAAAGUGACAUCUCCAACCGGGACCCAAGGCCAAGGGUUAGCCGCUUUGUUGGGGUUGGACAACGCCAAGCGGUCGACAAAAGCUCUGAGCAUGGUAGAGACAGGAGCGUAUUUUUCAACAGGGGUGCAGAAACAGGAAGAGGGGGAUGGAGAUAGCCCGGGAACUUUGAGGAGAGGCCUGAGGAGUACGUCCUACAGGAAGGCGGUGGUCAGUGGAGUGGAUGAAGUGGAUAAUGUCUUUCUGGAAGCUAAAAGUUUACAACUGUCUCCAGCUGUCGUCAAAGGGCUAAACAGGGAGAAAACAUCUUCAAAUAGUCCAGCAAGCAGUCCAGCGAGCAAUGCCAGCGCAACCCCAACUAGUCCAAAAUCUCCUGGUACUCCAAAACUUUUCGCACUUGCAAGUCCCAAAACAACUAAACCAUCCAGCCCUAGGACAGCAAAGCCAUCAGGAAAGAUUAAGUUAAGCCCGGAAAAGAAGAAUGUACUGACCAGCCAGCGAACAUUUGAUAGUGAAGAGGAGGAGUUAUACCAGAACUACCAGGAAAAGGCCUUGCAUAACGACUCCGAUGAGGACGCUGAUUCCAGAGAGCCCAAACCUGACAACAACAUCGUGGUGCAGUACAAGCCCCUGCGCACGUCCUGGAGCCAGCUCAGUGUGGUGAAGAAAAGUGGCCUGUCGGAGCGUUUAAGUCAAGAGGAACGCAAAAGACAAGAGGCGAUUUUUGAGGUGAUCUCCUCGGAGCACUCGUACCUCCACAGUCUGGAGAUCUUGAUCCGAAUGUUCAAGAACUCCACAGAGCUGAGUGAGGCCAUGACCAAGACUGAGCACCACCAUCUUUUCUCAAAUAUCACUGACGUCUGCGAGGCCAGUAAAAAAUUUUUCAGUGAGCUGGAGGAGAGACAUCAGCAGAGUAUAGUCAUCCAUGACAUCAGUGAUAUUGUCUGUAAACACGCUCAAUCCAACUUCGACCCUUACAUCACCUACUGCUCCAAUGAGGUGUAUCAGCAGAGGACUCUACAAAGGCUCGUGUCAAAGAAUCCAGCUUUUAAGGAGGUGCUGACCAGGAUCGAGAGCCACCCGGACUGCAGGAACCUCCCUAUGAUCUCUUUCCUGAUUCUUCCCAUGCAGAGGAUCACACGACUGCCCCUCCUCAUGGAUACUAUUUGCCACAAAACACUUAAAGAUUCUGCAGAGUACGAGAAAUGUAAAAAAGCUUUGCAAGCUGUUAGCAAGGUGGUGAGGAAGUGUAACGAAGGAGCUCGCACCAUGGAGAGGACCGAGAUGAUGUACACCAUUAACUCUCAACUGGAGUUCAAAAUAAAGCCCUUUCCCCUGGUCUCGUCCUCAAGAUGGAUGGUGAAAAGAGGAGAACUGACUGCAUUUGUGGAGGACAGCGGUAUCUUUCUGAAACGGACUUCACGACAGCAGGUCUACUUCUUCCUGUUUAAUGAUGUCCUAAUCGUCACCAAGAAGAAGAGCGAGGAGAGUUACACUGUGAUUGACUACGCUUUGAGAGACGAGAUCUGGGUGGGUUCCUGUCAGCCGGAGGACGUGAGCUUGUCUCCAGUCCGAAGCGCACCCAGCAUGCUCAGCUCCAAACAGGGCAGCACCAACCACCUGUUCAGACUCACCUUCAGAAGCAACCACUCAGGGGAGAAGGUCCUCAUGAUCCUUGGGACAGAUUCACUGAAUGAACGUGCUCGCUGGAUCAGUGCCUUGGGACAGAGCGUCAACAACAAGAAAAGCCUUGAUAGAAAUGCUAUGCAAGUGGAGGCAAUCCGGACUUACACAGCUAAGCAGCCUGACGAGCUGUCUCUGCAGGUUGCAGAUGUGGUUCUGAUCUCACAGACAGUAGAUGGCUGGUAUGAAGGGGAGCGCCUGCGGGAUGGGGAGAGGGGAUGGUUCCUUUUGGAAUGCACCCAGCCAAUCACGUGCCAGGCUACCAUCGAGCGCAACAUGCAGAGGAUGGACCGCUUACAGGGGCUGGAGACCAAUGUGUGAAAGGCAGAGGAUGGAAAACAUACAACUUCAGUCCUUUAAGUAAUCUACCUAGACAACAGUCACAGAACCAAGUUAACCAGGCCAGAGGUCCAAGACUGAACCUUAAGGAGUGCUGUUUCAGAAGAAAAAUAAAGUGAAUUUUCUCUAAACAGGCAUAAAUCAAAGGCUGAACAAGUAGGCAGAGGUUUCCCUUAAUUAAGGGUAGCUGUUUGUGUGGGUGGCAGGAGCUGACAGCAGGCGUUUGCCAAAUUCAUUAUUUAUCUGCAAGUUAAAUAACUUCUCACCCACCAACAAAGUCACAGCUUCCACACCUUUUAACAAGUGGCAGUCUAAGAUUUGUCAGAUUUUUAUGUUUCAAGAAUUAGCUGAAUGAUGGUGGUAAUGAGGACCCAGUUUCAUAAAAACUAUUUUGCGUUUUAUUCUAUAAAUCUUGCAAGACAGAUCAAUAGAGGUUGGAUUGGCAGCUCCUCUAUAAUGUAUGGGCAAGUAGAGAAACUUUGCUGGCACUAGUAGAGAAAGAAACAAUAACAACACACAAGGUGUUAAGGAAGACACAGAAAAGCCUGUCUAAUAUCUGGACUUUAAUAUGGAGUGGAGUGUUUUAUUUGUGAUGUUUCUGGGGAGAGAUGAAAUGGCUUUGUGCUGGUGCUGACAGAGCACAGCCCUGUUUUUGAAGUUACUGUCUCAUUUUUUUAGUGGCUAAAGGGAAAUGAAUGGUUUGGUCAGAGUUUUGUGAUAGCACCAUCGAUCAAACCCAUUACUCCAGGGACAUCCCUUUGAGGAAUCUGAGGUCGGACAUCUUACUCCAGAGACUGUUUCACUCAGGGAAAUAUACUUGGCAUGAAUUAACCCAUGUGUACAUGUUGUAUAAAUAAUAACUUGUUGCAUGUAAAUAUGUAUAGGAAUCCGUAUUGCAACAUGUAUGUAUUUUUAAAAUACAAAUUUAUAUGCAA